AUGGGUGGCACAGAGAUGAAGAUAGCCAGGUUCUCAAGCUGUAGAGGGGUGCCAUUUGAGAUCAAUGCUAAUAGAAGCAACCCUUUUGCAAUAGAGCCACCACCAACACCAAUUCCAAAGCCAGAACCAACAACACAUGGAUCAUGGCGUUGGCUUCCAUGGACAAGAACCAAUUCUUUCAAGCUUCUUCCUCGGAUGUAUGCCGUUAGUCCAGGUCGAAGCCGUUCCAGCAGUCACUUCUGUGACAUUGACAUUGAUGCUGACAAAGAUGACCAUGAUGAUGAUGAUGAUGAUGAUGUUGAGGUAGAGUUCAUAGCAGAAGGUACUCAAGAUGCAGAGAAACAACAACAGAAGAAAGCUAAUAGUUCAAGGCUUUCAAUUAUUCUUCUAGAUCAAGGUUUCACAGUGUAUAAAUGGAUAUUCCUUGUUUGUUUGGCCUUGAAUAUGGUUGCAUUAUCUCUUGCAGCUUCAGGGCAUUUUCCAUAUGCAAAGGAAAAGGCUUCACUUUUCUCCAUUGCUAACAUUCUAGCUCUUACACUAUGCAGAAGUGAAGCAACACUCAGAAUUCUUUUCUAUUUAGUUGUGAAGACUAUUGGGAACCCUUGUGUUCCUCUUAGGAUCAAAACUUCCACAACUUCAUUCCUUCAAAGCCUUGGAGGAAUCCACAGUAGUUGUGGUGUUUCUUCCAUAUCAUGGCUUCUCUUUUCUUUAGUCCUUACUAUGAAAAACAAAAACAAAACUUCCACUGAGAUCAUUGUUGUUGCAUUUGUCAUCCUCUUACUCCUUUUUCUGUCUUCCCUUGUCUGGCUGUUCAUUCUUCUGUCUAUAAGCUAUGAUCCUAAUUCACAAUCCUAUCACUUCACCAUCUCUAAGAUGAUCAAGAACCAAGAAUCAUGGUUCACUCUAGCCAUCACAAUCCUUAUAGUCCUUCCUUGGUUAACCGUUAGAAGGGUAGCGGUCCGUGUUUCUACGGCAUCAAGCCAUGCCACAAUCAUAAAAUUUGAAGGUGGUGUUGAAGCAGGGUUGUUUGGUAGAAUUAGUCCAUCACCUUUAUCUGAAUGGCAUGCAUUUGGGAUCAUAUCUGAUGGAAAGAAAGAACACAUGAUGCUAGCUGGUGCGGUUGGUGACUUCACACGAUCAUUAGUUUCAACAAAACCAAACCAUCUUUGGGUAAGGAAAUUGCACUUUGCUGGGCUAACUUACCUAGUGAAACUGUACAAAAGGGUGUUGUUGGUGGCAACAGGAUCAGGAAUCUGUGUGUUCUUGUCAUUCCUAUUGCAGAAAAGGCAACAUCAUUUGGUAAGAAAUUAUCCAAAGGAGAAAGUGAUUGUUCAUGACACUGGAGUUUGUGGUAGGCCUAAUGUGGGUGAGAUGAGUGUGGAAGGUGCUACUAUGUGGAAUUGUGAAGUAGUUAUUGUUACUAGCAACCCUCAAGGUAGCAAAGAUGUUGUUAGAGCAUGCAAGAAGGCCAAGAUUCCUGCUUUUGGUCCAAUUUGGGACUCUUGA